CGGGCGCUGCUCACCUUGGCGGCCGGCGCGGACGGCCCGCCCCGGCGGCCCCCGGGAGAGCGCGAGCGACACGUGCCAUCCCGGCGGCUCGGGCCGGAGGGGCGCGCCGUGGUGCACGGGGGCGUCUUCUGGAGCCGCGGCCUGGAGGAGCAGGUGCCCCGCGGCUUCUCGGAGUCGCAGGCGGCGGCGUGGCUGGAGGCGGCGCGCGGCGCCCGGGUGGUGGCCCUGGAGCGCGGCGGCUGCGGGCGCAGCUCCAACCGGCUGGCCCGCUUUUCCGACGGCACCCGCGCCUGCGUGCGCUACGGCAUCAACCCCGAGCAGAUACAGGGCGAGGCCCUGUCCUACUACCUGGCGCGCCUGCUGGGCCUCCAGCGCCACGUGCCGCCGCUGGCACUGGCCCGGGUGGAGGCUCGCGGCGCGCAGUGGGCGCAGGUGCAGGAGGAGCUUCGCGCCGCACACUGGACGGAGGGCAGCGUGGUGAGCCUGACGCGCUGGCUGCCCAACCUCACGGACGUGGUGGUGCCCGCGCCCUGGCGCUCGGAGGACGGCCAGCUGCGGCCCCUGCGUGCCGCCGGGGGCGAGCUGGCCAACCGCAGCCAGGCGGAGCUGGUGGACCUGGUGCAGUGGACCGACUUGAUCCUUUUUGACUAUCUGACGGCCAACUUCGACCGGCUCGUCAGCAACCUCUUCAGCCUGCAGUGGGACCCGCGCGUCAUGCAGCGCGCCACCAGCAACCUGCACCGCGGCCCCGGCGGGGCGCUGGUCUUUCUGGACAACGAGGCGGGCUUGGUGCACGGCUACCGGGUGGCGGGCAUGUGGGACAAAUAUAACGAGCCGCUGCUGCAGUCGGUGUGCGUGUUCCGCGAGCGGACUGCGCGGCGCGUCCUGGAGCUGCACCGCGGCCAGGACGCGGCCGCCCGGCUGCUGCGCCUCUACCAGCGCCACGAGCCUCGCUUCCCGGAGCUGGCCGCGCUCGCCGACCCCCACGCUCAGCUGCUGCAGCGCCGCCUCGACUUCCUCGCCAAGCACAUUUUGCACUGUAAGGCCAAGUACGGCCGCCGACCGGGGACUUAGCGUACCCUGGAGGAAGAGAGAGAGAGAGAGAGAGAGACCCCUGGCUGAGGAAUGGCUGAUGGGGGAAGGGCCGCCGCGGGGGACCAGCCGGCCAACGCCCAGCCAGUGGCCGGAGCGGGAAGGAGGCUAAAACUUCAGCUUCACCCACCUGCCCCUUUCUCUCCGUCUCCUGCCGUUUCCUUUCAAAGUUCUGGGAGGACGAACUCACCGGGGGAAGAAGUGAACCAUUCCUUCCGCCCAGCCUCUGAAAGGAUUCUACCCUGUGCCAGCACUGAGUUUGGAUCCGAAGAAACGGGCUGCGGAGUUUGGCCCCCCGGGUGGCCGUCUCCGUGGGAGAUGCAUCCCAUUCCUUGGCCCCCGCAUUCCCCUUCCGAAAAAGGAAAACUUCUGUUUGAGCCGUUGAGCUAAUCCUGCAUUUCCUACCAAACGCUGCGCUGGUGGCCCCGGAGCUGGGCUGUGACAUUGGCUGGUGGAGCCCCCUUCCUGUGUUCCGCCUUUGUUCCAGCACCGUGAUGGUGAGAUCACUGUUAGGAGCUGGGGGAAGGCUCCCGAUAGGACAAAGAGAGCAGGACCUUCGGAACCGGGGUGGGGGUCCUACAGACCCUGACAAUGAGUCUGACUUGUUCCUUACCACUUGUCAUUUUGGCCUAAGGGCUACAAAUACAGGACCGGCUGUAUGCGCUGAGUCAAGUAAUGAAUUUAUUCUUCCUCCCCCCUCCCCAUCGACCAAAAUUUUGACAAUGAUGAUGUUCACCAGAAGAAAAUGAAUUUCAUGCACUUUACUUUGUUUUUAUUUUAAUUUUUUAUUAAGAAAAACUUUUUUAUUUGACAGAAUUUGCCUUCUGUGUAUAUAUGUGCAUAAAGUGUUGUAAAUAUGCUAAACAAACUUAUAUUUCAAUAAAAGGGAGUUUAAAAUUUAGAAUUUAAUUUAUGUGGUUUUAAGUGUGGGAGUUAUCUGAUGCCCUACCAGCUUUUUAGAAUAAGCCUUAGGGUUUCUCCCUUGUGGAUGUGCUUUACAAAACAAAGGAUGCAUAUAUAUCCCAAUUGUCACUAUCAGAACUUGGAGAAUUAAACAAAGACAAGAGCAGAUUCCCUGUCCUGUUUGCUCAGAUGAACCCUAGUGCUGGAAAUUUCAGAGUUCAGCAUAAAAUGUGGGGGAGAGAGCGGAAAGGAAAGAAUUCUACUUCCUGGCAAAUAAAACUUUAAUAUGAAAGGAUUUUCACUGCAAUAUAUUUCUAUAUUAAUCAGUUGGCAAAUAUUGUAGAACCAGAUGUGCAGACUAAAAUGUGACAAAUGCUCCCCCCCCCUUAAACUUAACUACAGUGGACACGUGUUGCCCAUUAUUUUCAGCAUUGUAAUUGCUGUGCAUCACAAUAUGUACAGAUAAUAAGCUGAACACAUACUGCAAAUAGGGAGAGAAAGUCAUAAAUUAAUUCUUCUCGUUAAAUUCCAUUUUAUCCAGGAGGUCAUAAUCUCCAACAUCUGGACCUCUCCAACUCUCUUAAGAGUUUUUUUUUUCCCCCCCAGGUACUAAUUGCCCAGUCCCCUCAGAAUAGCCAUGGUGAGACCAAGAAAGUGGGAAGUACUUUGUAUGUGACCUUUGAAUCCUUGCUUUUUGGGGACUUCAAACUCAGAAAAUAUUUUUGGAUUGUCUUAAGCUCCUUUUUGACCCAUGAGGGAAGGGGGGGGGUUGGUUUGUGUUUGUUUUAAACCCUCCGGUGUUUAAUCUGGACAUUUCAUUCGAUCUCUGGGUCCAAGUGACCUUGCUUGUCAUCUCAUUUUUACUUAAUGACUUUUAACUCCAAGCAACUUUUGUUUACUUUAAUAGUUGGUUUAUUUGGUGGGCAUUUGGAAGCCUAGGGUUUUCUAGACUCCUGAAGAUAAUUGAAUCUCUGUGGGUUCCCUUUCUCACUCCACAUUACAACACAGCCCUGCGUAACUUCACUAUUUAAUACCAUCCUUCCCCUUUUAGUGCCUUAUGCUAAGCCAAAUCUUAUUUCAACUGAAAAAAAAAAGUCCAUAAACUUUGUGGGAGAAGCCAAAUUUUUUCAUUAGUACAGCCACAGAAUGUACUGAUGAUGGCAAAUACUAUCUUCUUUUCAAGAUCUUGUUCGUGUGAGACCUCUGAUAAUUAUACCUUUCAAAAAGAAACAUUUUCCAUUUCUGAUGAUUAAUAACUAUAUGAGACUUGCUGCCUAAGUCAGCCCAGGCUGCUCCAAGAAAAGGAUAAAUAUUUAGCAACCUGCAUUUUUACUCGACAUGUUCAUUGAGGAAAACGAUGAACAGGAAGAAGUUCGAAGUUUCACAGAAUACGCAGGAAAUACACCCCGACUCCCACGUAGCAUCAGCAUUGGUGAGUUCAGGGGCAGCAGCAUUCUUUAUGUGCCCAAGCCCAGACUUGACCAGACCAGAGCAAGAAACUAGGCAUCAUUUAAAUGGCUGUUCUCAGAUUCUUUAGUGAACCAUAUCUGCCUGUUCGAGAAGUAAGUGUAAUUACAUGGUGGAGUUGGUAAGGGAACCAAGGCUUAAUUACAGAGAACAGGCCUUAACUGUUGCCAUUCCUCGUGGAUAAUCGGUAGGCUAUGGCAUGGAAAGAUCAAUUAAAGAUUUGCCAUGGUCAGUGAAUAGUGCUAGGGCCAAAUCAUUUUUCAGAUGACGAAAAAAAAAAUUUUUUAACUUUCGGGCUACAGCGUGAUGUGGAAAGAGUAAUGGAUUCUGCAGGCAAACUGUAUCCUGAAUCCUGCCCCUCACCUAUUUACUUUCAGCAAAUCAUUUAACUUAGUUCCCUCAUCUAUGAAAUGGAGAUUCCAUCAGAGUAUUGUGGGAUUUAAUGUUAACCUAUAAAACAUAAGGGCAUGUAAUAGGUACUUAAAAAAAAAACCCUCACUUCCUUUUCAUCUUUAAAAAAACCUCUUGCCCUCCUUACACUUCAGUAAACUUCUACUAAUUUUCAUCAUCAAAGCCAAAUCUAGCAGUUUCCAAAGUCAGUUUUCGGUUUUUGAAGUGUGAUAAUAAAUGAAUUCAACGCAGUAUUGAGGAUCCUCUCCCAGCACCAUGCAAAGCACUGGAUGAGGCCCAGGGCACAGGUUUGAUCUCUACAUGGGCUUGAGGGGGUGUUUUCUGGACCCAAGCAGAUGCCUCACCACCAAAGCAGCUAUCCUACAAAUAUAUGAAGGUAAUUUUUUUUUUUUUUAAUAAAUGGCUUGUCGCAGAUCUAUCACCACUUCUGGAAAGCAUCAGAAAGUGAUGAAUCUUCGCAAGGACAAUCCUCCCCCGGUUCCUUCGGCCAAGAGAAAGUAGGCAGUUGACCUUUUCUCCCUGGAUUUGGCUAUUGAUUAAUUCACUUCGUCAGUGACAUGGUUUCUACACUAUUAACAGUACUCACCCUCCUGUCUUCGGAUCAGGAAGAAAAGCAUUAUUUUAUCACAUCUCCAUGCUUCUCAACCUUGUGCAACCAAGAGAGUCCACCAAGGCCUAAAGGUUGACCACGUGGAUUAAAUGAGUAAAUAUUUAUAAUAUUCUCAGAACAACACCUGGCACAUAGUAAAUGCGUUACAAGUGUUUGUUUCUCCAUGAGGGUGAUCAUUCUAAGUCCAAACCAGAGGCACUUUGAAUCCCGGGCAGGAUCCUCUUUCAUAAUCCUGCUUUGUCUUUGCAGUCAUAGAACACUUUCUGCAUGCUUCUAUUUCGGCUCAGGAAGACCAGCCAGAGUGCAUGAGUCUGGCAGGAAUUACCUAAAGCCCACGGUUGUCAGCUGGUUGUCUCCUUUCUGAGAAUGCCUUCUAUGUGAGUGGUCACAGGCACUCCCUCUUUUUCACAGGGAGGCUGUGAUUCUGUUUCUCGAGUGGCUCAUCAGCUCCAGGCUGCAGUCAGGGGUGGAAUUUUGCACCUUCCGAGCUACCCAACAGUCAUGGAUUAUCCACGCCUGGCCACUGACGUUUGUCCCUCUACACACCCACUCCACCUCACAGAGCGUCAGAUGCCAUAUGGCAUAAGGUUGGCAGAAUUAGUGGAGGAGGAGAAAGGGGAGUCCAGCCGACCCAGAAGCACAGGAAUUGCUCCAAAAGGGGACUAGAAUGUCAGCUGCCGCGGUAUGGAAGCCACAGGGCAAGCGUUGACACCCACCUACUAGUAUUCUUCCAUCAUCAGAGUCGAAUGUUAAGGAUCUUGGGAGUCAAGAGAUCUGGACUACUUCUGACACGCGGUACUUGAGGAAGUCAUUUACCCCCUCUGGCUCCAGGCGUCUUACCUGGAACAGAAAGCGAUUACAUUGGUGACUUUCUCAUUUUUUUCACCAGAACUCAUAGUAAGGCACACACUUUACAGUGUGAACCAACAUGUGUACACACACACACACACACACACACACACACAACUGAAACAAAAGUUUCUCAAAACAGUAUAUGCAAAAGGUGUUUAAUAUUCAAUUUUAUUCUAUCGCCUCCUUCUUUACUUUCCAGUGCUAGCUGUGACCCUCUAAACUGAUUUCAUACCUCACCCAGGGAGCACAGACUCCACACUGCAAAACACUGAGUUAGACGAUGACGGGCAAAGUCCUUUCCAGCUCUAAGACUCCGGAGAAAUUUGACUUGUAACCAGUUUUAUACAACCUACUACAAUUUUUCUCCAAAGGGAAUACAGACGUCAAUGGUGUAUAAUCUUUAAAAGCAAAAGACAAGGGUUUUAUUUCAAAACGUAAUUAGGAGCACUGCUCAAAAUCUUCCAGUAAGUUCUGCCUAUAAACACCUUUCAGAUCCACUAAAUGUGGGAGGUAACUUGCAGUCUGUUCCAACCAUGUGUGAGCAAGUAGUGCUGCUUUGGAGGAAAAAAAAAAAAAAUCCUUUGCAUCUCUGCCUUAACAUGGCCCAAGGACGACUCAAGAGGACACUUUCUUUUCUGUGUAUUCAUAAAGAUCAGAUGUAGGAGUCAUAAUUUUUUAAUGUGACUGUUUUACCAAUUUCUCUUUUCUAUGUCCUGCUGUGGGGGAAACUGCAUUAAUAAACUAUGUCUCAAUGCUG